GGCGCAUGCGCGGAGAGGCGGGACAGGGCCAUCCACUUGGCGGAGCUGCGUGCUCUGAGUCCGUGACUUUUCUCAGUAUUUCCCGUGGGGGCCGAGCGGCGGUCGCCCUGCAUUUAUUCGUCCUCCUAAAGAUGCAUCCUGACUUAUCGCCACAUUUGCACACCGAGGAAUGCAACAUCUUGAUUAACUUGCUUAAGGAAUGUCACAAAAAUCACAACAUUCUGAAAUUUUUUGGUCAUUGCAACGAUCUUGAUCGGGAAAUGAGAAAGUGCUUGAAGAAUGAGUAUUCAGAAAAGAGGACCAGGAGCCGGGAGCACGGUGCUGCCAUGCGAGCAAGGCUUUUCAGCCCUCCAGAGGAAGCUGGAAAAUAGGUUCGCCGGAUGCCUUGACUGUGAGACCUGAAGGUGGCUGGGAGCUGGGAAAAAAAUCCCUUCUUUUGGUCUCUAUGGCCCUUUGAAUGAAAGGUGACCCAUGAAGAACUGAUCCAUGGAGAAACAUGAGAAUAUGGAUUCUUAGUACUUGUUGAGCAAAAGCCAAAAAGCAAAAGUCCAUGGGCUGUGCCUGCCAAACAGUUUCCUCUACUGCUGCUCUGAGUCUCCGUCCACCUAGUGCCAACUCCCCUCCCACAAUAAAGUAAUCGGACAGCAUCGUCCUCCCUUUCCUUUAACCUUCUCAGGGCAAGAGAGAAAGUGAUGCCGGUAGGCUCCUCUAUUUGAGAACGUGGUGGUUGGAGAUUAGGCGCUGAAGACAAAAGCUAGCAUGGGAAUUCUGGGGAAAUUCCAACAGAGUUACCUGUAUGAAGUUCCCAGUUUUAUCUUUUUAAAGAGACAUUUUCCGAAAGACCAUAUAUUUCUAGUUAGCUUACCAAUUAUGGCUGGAAAAUAUUUGAAAAAGCUUGACCUAUAGUGGGCACGUCCAUGUUCCUUCCCGCUUUCUAAACGAUACAGCACAAGAACUGCUUAUCAUUAACGGCAUGUCAGGCGCUAGGUAAGCUAGAGCUGGAGUGGCCACUCGUAGAGGUGUGUAGGUUUUAUGCAAAUACUUUGUCCUUAAGGGAUUUGAGCAUCUGCAGAUUUGAGUACUGUCCAAAGCUUUGAAGUAAUGAUUGACAGGGAUCACACUGCAUCCAGUUCAGGUCCCGUCAGACUCCACUUUCUCAUUUGGUUAAAUGUUCCCACCAUGGGUACCAGUUGACUCCUGGGCUUUAGCUUUAGAACCUCAGGGCUCUCUGUGUGUUCACUCCUGGCUGCUACCACUGGUUUCUGAGACCUUCAGCAGUUUGGAACCCGGCAGCUUUAGCAACAGCUCCAGCAGGGCUUCUCAGGGCUACUCGGGAUCCAUAAGACAACCCAGGCUAUAAGCUUCUGCUUGUGCUUGGUGUGUAAUGCUUGUAUGAGACCUUGGUGUUUAAUAAAUGAUUUUCCUAUU